GCUUUAUGUUGUCAUGGCGCGUUUUCAAGCGAGGAAGCUGCGCGGAAGUGAGAUGUCUGAUAAUGGUGUGCUCAGUGAUGUAAAGCCUCUUCCUCCGUCUCCUCCUCUUCAUCACUCUUGGCCGUCUUCUCUCUCAGCAUUGACUUCUUCUCGUCAGGUCACCGCACAUCUCUACAGCUCACUACAGCACAGCCGAGAACAAGAGGUCAAAGGUCACACCGCCGCCAGACAAGUGUCGUUCGCCCACUCGUCUCCUGACCUCACCACAGUCAGAAUGACUGCAGCCACGCCCCCUCUCCUCCCUCAUAGCCUGGAGGAGUCACAAGAGGUGGACUGCAGUCUAGACUCCUCUUCCUGUGGCGUGAUUGGCUCUGGAGUGGAGGAGGUGGAGUCAGAGGUGGAGUCAGAGACAGAUCGAAUGUCUAAUGAGAUGGACCUUCAUCUACAGAACAAGCUGAUCAAAUCAGCACAUCUAACGAGUGGCAGGAGGCAUAUAGAGGAGAUGGAGAAUGUGAGAACUCAUUUACAGUCAAUACUGAGAAAAACAGCUGCUGCAGACACACACGAGUUUGGGGUUCCUGUGUCACAUCACUUCCUGGAUGAUUCCCAGGAGAGUGACGCCACUUCACACCUGCUCAGUGCUGGUGUGUCUGUGGGCACGAUGGAGGAUUUGUUCCCGCUGUAUUCUCGUCUGCAUGUGGACACGGGUCGCUCUGCCUCUGAGCUGCAGGUGUUGAGAGAGAGUCUGGAGAGGGAGAGAUCACGCCGGAAGGUGUGUGAGCAACAGGUGGCGUCUCUGCAGAAUAAAGUUCUUCACCUUCAGCAGCAGUUAACGCUUGCCGUCGCUGCUGACCGCAAGAAAGACAUCAUGAUCGAACAACUCGACAAGACGCUGGUGAAGGUGGUGGAGGGAUGGAAGAGACAUGAUCAGGACAGGAUUGAGGAAAUGAAACGCCUGCAGGAGGAGAAAGAGACAGCAGAGACAACACACAGCAAACACAGAGAGGAUCUUUCUCGUGUGGAGCUGAAUCUCUCUAAGUUACAGGAGUCUCUGGACAAAGAGCAAAAACACAAGCAGGAGCUGCACAACACCAACAAACAACUGGAGCAGCAGCUUUUGGAGCUGCGUUUGUGUGUGGAGAAACUCCAGCAAGAAGAACAGAGACUCCUCAGAGAUGCCGACAGAGAGAGAGACAAACUCAACAAACUCCACACUGACACCAACAACACACACACACAACUACAACAACACAUACAAGAACUACAACAACAACUUACACACACAUCACAGCAGCUGGAGAGAGAGAGAGCUCAGGUGAAACAGGAAGUGUCUCUGCGUGAGGAGACUGACAGCAGGUCACAGCUGCUCCAGGAAGAGCUGGACCACACCAGGAGAGAGAGAGACACACUGAGAGUGGACCGAGCCCUGGAGCAGACUCAGUUUGAAGCACAGAAGUCUCAGAUGGAGGUGGAGUUUCGUCUGUCACUGGAGCAGCAGCUGAAUGAAAAACUUUCAACUAUACAGGAGGAGAACACAACCCACACUACACAACUACGACAACAGCACAGGAAGCAGUUGUUGGAUCUCAGUGCACGUCAUGAGCGAGAUCUGUCGGCUCAGCUGGAUCAGUUCAGAACACAGUUACAGGAGAAAGAGCACAAACUACAGCAGCUCACACACUUCUACCAGAACAAACUGUCAGAGGUGCAAGAGGAGCUGGUUUCCAUGGCAGCGUCUAAACGCAGACUGGAGACGCACCGGGAAGAGCUUGUGUCCCGCCUGCAGGGAAUGAUGCGCUCUCAUUGGGCAGAGGCUUUAAGAUUGUUGGCCAAUCAGGAGCAGAUGGAGAGUGUUUUUUCUCCUGUUCCUCAGUGGGAAGCUUCCAAAACCUCCUCUACCCCUCAAAAUGCUGCUAAUAGUGACACACACCUGUCAGGUGCACAGGCUGUAGUUCUGCAUCUGUCCAGAGAGAAGGAGAGAGGGAUGAGAGAGGACGAGAGAGAGAGUGUGUUGAAUUAUAGUAGUUCAUUCACACCGCUGGAACCUGUACUGGACCAGACGAGCCUGACAGCUCUCAGUGACAGCAGUGGAUUGUGGGUGAGGCCUGUGUUUGCAGGAGGAGGAAACGGCACUGAGGGAAAGAUGAAAGACACCCGAAUAAACCAGAACCAGGAUCUGAAUCGCAGUCAGUGUGAACCGAAUCAAAUCAGAGUCAAUCAGAUUCUGAAUCCGAAGCAAAGACAGCCCCCCACGGAGACACGAGCCAAUCACAGCUCUAGCUCAGAUAGUGGGCGGGGCAUGACAGGAGCAUCUGUAGUAUUGUACAGUAGUGAUUCAGAGAAGACUCCGCCCAUCAGAGAUGAAGCCCCGGCCAGCAGGACAAGCGGUUCCUCUUUAAGUGAAGACCGACAGAGUGAACUGCAGUUUUAUGUGUCAAAGCUACUGGAGCGUUCCCCUGGUGACCCACUGGAGGAGCCAAUCAGAGAGCAGCAUCAGGCUCCACAUGUGACUGACCUCCUGCACACACACACGUCACAACAACUGCAGGAAAUACUGCAGAGCUUCAGCAGGUCUGAUGAAGGUGGAGUUCACACACUGAGAUCACAGCUGCAGCAGAAAGCAGAUGAGCAUGACAAGAGAGAGCGUGAUGUUCCUCCUCGUGUGGUCCCGAGCAGGAGAUCUGUAGGACGCAGAGGAGCAUCUCAGAGAGUCUGGAGAUGAACUGUCUGAUUUUAAUCUUCUCAUUUAUUCACGUGCUUUAUGAUAUUUGAAAUAAAAUCUGUGCAUGUC